ACUCAAACAGUUUAGGAUAUUUAAAAAAUAUUUCAAAUUUAAUUUUAAUUAAAAAUUUCAUAGGGUGGUGCAAAAUUUGAUCGCUUGGUAGAUAUCUGGUAACGAUAACUGUGAUAUUUCAGAUUGCGUGCAUAGAGAAAACAUUUAUAUUAUUUUAUUUUUUAAGAACCACCUUAAUGUAUGUUUCGUAUAUACCGCUAUAAUGUCAGUGAACAGACCUAAAAGAAUUUUAAAAAAAUUUACCACAGCGAAAAUUAUUUCAGCUUGACAUAAUUCAAGCAUUUUCAGCAUUUUUUUUAACCGUUUUGUGAAAAGGUCCACACCCAGCUGGGAAAAACUGUAAUAUACCUACUUAAUGCAAAUAAAAUGUAGUGAUUUUUUACAAAAUAAAUUCAACUCUAUAUCUUUAAUUUUGGACUACUCCAAGUAAAAUGGGUCGAUAAUCUCCACGCUCCAAAAUUUGCAUUAUUUGAAACUGGUUUUCAGAUACAAUAUGACUCUUCAACUUUCCUCUGAUCUCUAAAAUGAUAUUUUACUACAGAAAUGGUAUGAUUUACCGAGCAGAAGAAGCACACUAGACCCCUACUGACCUCGCGUGAGUUUCAACUUCCAGGAGCAUACUACAGAAAGAGAAGGUAACUUCCCUAAAGACUGACAACUCUACUUCGCAUAAAGGUUCACCAGAAUGGUCUCGAGGCUUUAAAAUAGAAUUGAGCUAAUGAAAUCAAUCAACCCAGGACCAACAGACAACUACUUCAGCCACUUCGCCCUACUUAUGUACAAAAUGAAGGCUAAAAACUGUAUCAAAUCCCAGACAUCCAGUCAUCAGAUCUCUCCAAACUCUUAACUUUUGUUUCUAUAGUUUUUAUUUCAAAUAUUAUUUUUUUUUGGUUUUUAAUACAUAGCAGUACUUUUCGACAGUGCUUGAGUCUUAAUCUGUAUUUUUCGCUGUAGCAAGAAUCUCUAUCUGCAGAUUCGCUAUACAUAGUAUAUAUAUAUUCGUUGUCGCUAGAGUAUCUAUGCAAGGUUUCGCAGUAGCUAGAAUAUCAGUAGGUUCGCUGUAGAGAGAAUCUUCAUCUAUAUAUUCGCUAUAGAUAGAUUAUUUAUCUUUUGAUUCGCUGUGGAUGGAAGCUGUAUCUGUAGAUUCUCCGUCACCAGAAUCUAUUAUAUCCAUACGCGUUUUGGACACGACAUUCCAAACGAUAUGUGAAAUAAUAUUUAUAUCCACAUAGUUCAGAUGAUUUCUAGCUUAUACUUCUUGUUUGUCGUAUUGUCUUAAGUUAGCAACAGUAAGGCUCAACGCCGGUGACCGUAGAGUAUCGCAACAAUUUGCAUUCUCAGAACGCAUGGAACCGAAACCAGCCGCUGAUAUGAAACUAGGUUGCUGCCGUUGUGGAUAAUCCUUUGCAGCUGUCGCCAAUCUUGCUGUCACGGGUUUCGAUGACACUGACGAAUCAUAAUCGGUCACGAGCUUUCGAAUAUGUAUAAGUUUGCUGUAUAAAUACUGAGAUCGUAGUAUCUCCACACUAUAAAUGCGUUGAUAUUCGCUCUCAAUACAUUCUAUUAAGUGUUCGUAGUCGUCGGAGUCUUCUGUAACACGUUGCAUUUGAUGGGUAAGCAACAUGUAGUCGCGUUGCAGUUUUCAAUACGCUGUAAGAGCUGAUAAUACUCAUCGUAACUCUGUUCGUAUUGUGCCUUGUAAUGGCGUCGCUGUUCAAUACUGGUUACAGCCGCAUAACUGGUAAAAUCAAAAAUAGGCAGUGGAGCUGCUGUAACAUUGGAUGUGGCAAAAUGUUGCAUUGCUGACAUUUGUGGUGUAUUUGUUGGCUGGAAAUGUGACGACUGCUGCUGCUCCAACAAGUCUCCUGGUCUUUGCGGAACACUCUGCUCAAUUCGGAUGAAUUUUCUGACGGUCCUUCUGCUGCCAGAUUGGCAAUGUACUUCUGCCAGUUUUAAGCGAUAUAUUGGAGAUCCGCUGCCUUCUGAUGAAAUCAAACUCGAUAUUGAACGGUCGUCGUCUGAACUCUGUGACGGUGUGAGAAUUUGUGGCAGAUUGUGGCUUUUAAAGCUUCUAAGGGCCAACAAAUUGAUGAGCCGUUGGCCGUAAUAUCGACGCAAAAUAACGACAUAUCUCGGUUUCCCCGACUUUAUGAUGCUAGAGCUACAUAUUCUGUAUGACUUUUUGCAUAUUUUAGUAGAGCGUGUAAUUUUAGUUGUCGAUAUCAUGAUUUCUUCCUUUCUUCGGUGGUAAAUGAACGUCUUGUUGCUAUAAACUAUGUUACCACAUUGAUUUAUUCCUCGAGUUGUAAAUUUUUUUUAUAGUUAUUAACUACCGUGUUCUUUUGAUUUAUUUACCUGUCCUUAUCAAAAGUAAACAAAAAAGCGUGAGUAAUUUUGUGCAAUAUAUACCUGCUUCUCGCAGGUAGUCAAACCUUAACCACAAAUGAGUGACAUUUCGGGGAGUAAGCGAUUUGACCUAUUAGCUCUCUUCGUUUCGAAAAUAUUUAAAGAAAUAGGCAGCAGUUGCGAUGCCUUAUUCCUUUUUUUUCUUUUUGCAUCAAUCUUCGUCGAUAAAAUGUAGACCCAAAAAAAAGCCAACAGGGAAUACAUGUUUUCUGUUUAUAGUCUCGCAAUAAGUUGCAACGGAGUAAAAGGGUAUUGCUUACCUUGUUUGUAAUACCUAAAUCUAAGCGAAAUAGAUAUAGAAAUAACGAGACGAGUUGAAUACAGCAUGACUGCACGCCCACAUAAUGCCGAAUAGCUCACAUACAUACAUACUUAUAAACAAACACGGCUUUCCAUACUUAAUAUACCAUACUUAGUCUUGCCAUAAAUUCUGCGUUUCUCGAAGACUGCUUUACGCAAAGUUUGAGGGCGUUGCAAUGGCUUUAUCUGUAACGACAAUUGGUUCUCGGCCUGCUCGGAUCAGAUAGAAAGAGAGCCCAUAAACAAACAGAAGAUGCCCAAUGAAAAAACACACUUUAAUAAGAAUAUACGAAAAAUGUAUUAUGAAAUAUACAUUUUUAUUUAAUCGCAUACUAUAUACAAAUUCAAGCAAUAUAAUUUCAGUCAUCAUCGCUUUCGCUAUCCGAGAGUGGCAGAUCGGUGCCCUGAAAAUCUGAAACGCCUUCGUUUUUUGUGGCUGGGCUUUGUAUAUGAGUUUCUGUUCUCCCAUAGCCGUUUGUGAUCGGAUUUUCAUCAGGUCUCGCAAUUGUUACCGCCGCAGUAGUGGUGGCGUUCCACCGACAUUCCAUAGCUAUUGUCAGUGCUGCCUCCUCUGCACAUUUCCUAUCAUAGCUCAUUAUUAGCUGCUUGAUAUGUGCCAGUUUCGCAUGUAAAUAGUUGCGACGCUGCUGACGCCUACAUCCCUCCUGGCUAUAAAUGAUGUUAUAUGUUGCCACUAUGCGCUUCGUAAUGUGCUGGCGGUCAAGACUGUUUGCGGGCGCUUGCAGAAAUUGUCCACCAAGUUCACCGAAAUUGCGUUCCAACUCUCCAAUCUGCUGAAAGAGUGGCAUAUAUUCUUCAAAGUAUUGAUCAAAUGCAGCCUUAUAUUGGUGACGCUGUGCCCUAUUUCUGAUCUCCGUAUAGUCACUGAGGUCAAACUUGUUGAGUUCUGCGUUAGUUGUGCUAGCGUAAAUGUGAGCUGUAGACUGUUGAGAGCUGGUGUGUUGAUUUUCCGUACAUUUAUCAGCGAUCGUAUUAUCAGUUUUUCUUUUUUUCGACGUUUGUGAUUCAUGGCUAUCCGCCCAUGGGCGCUUAAAUGUGUCAACUUCUCGUGUUGGGUAAUUUUCGUCCAGUUGUGGUGGGCUGUUGUUAGAUGUUGAUGUAGGACUGCAACUCGAAAUGGAAGUAACGUCGUCUGAGCUAUUUAGCGGUCGUAAGUUCUGUUCUUUGUGCCAUUUCAGCUGCUGUUGCUGUUCCUUCGUGUAGUAGGGCCAGUUUUCAUCAACUUCUUUCCAUAUGCGGAUGCGCAAACUAUAUGCGUUUUGGCGUAGCUGUGCUAUAUCCUUAAGUACAAUCCCAAUUACUCUGCGCUCACACUCCUGUAAUCCUUCUCGUUUUAGCACUGUGUAUAAUUCCGUCUUUGUGUAGGGCUUAAAAGCCAGCAGAUGGAUUAAGCGUUCACGUACUUUACGAUUCGAUAUUUUUGGUAUUUCGCCAUGUUCAAUGUCAGUCUUCGAAGUUCCUCCUCGCUUGCUGUUGCAUACGUAUUUUGGCCUAUCACUUAGAAACAACUCACUACCACCGCCACGAGCGUAUUUGCUUGUCUUGUGUGCUUUCGAUGCCAUGCCUAUUUUGGUACUGAUCUAGAAUUUGAAAUGUUGCGCUGAUAAACUCCGAUGUCGUUUUUGUUAGGUCUUCCAACAUAAGUAACAUCUGCUUUUAUACUAAAUUGCUGCAAGUGUUUCCCCUGCAUACCUGUCGCUGAAUUGUUUUAGUUGUAAAUUGUUUAGACCAAAAAUAUUAUAUAUAUUUCAGAAAGUUAUGCAAAUUCAUCAGUAAAAAAAAAAGUUUGCUUAAAUGGCUCCAUUCACCUAAUCAAACAACAAAAAGAUUUAGUUAAAAAAACCCUUUAUUUCACGCCUACCUGUAAAGCAAUGACAGUUGAAAAGUUUUUAUACCUGACGUAACUGUUUUAUUUAUUUAAGUUAUGAGGGAAUCUAUUUUUAUGAAACGCUUCCAUUUACUGAUCACGUCCACAUGAAAAAGAGAGCAGGUUAUUUUGCCUUUUUUACUUUCAAAAUGUCUGCUUCAGGCAGCAGGUUGUAUGAGAUCAAUUUUAGUUCUCGGUACUAAUUUAUGUCUUUGUUUGUAAACCAUGGCGGUAAAUUUUAAGUAAUCAUCCAAGUUCUGUUUCGCAGGACGAAAUUGAAAUAAAGUGUGCCAUAUUAACAUUGAGAAAGUUCUAGUUUCAGAAGAGUAAGGGACGGCUACUCCUCCUCAUUCUCAUGAUUGCUCAGAGAAGUUUGCUUUAUUGCUUUACCACACUCACCGAAUGGCUGAUUUGUUAAGCAAUUAGCGAAGAUACAUUUUAUCUUAAAAAUUCUUUUUAUUACCUCUCCAUCUCUUUGAAAAUAACUACGUAAAAUUUCAACAUUGUUUUUCUUAAAACGGAGUUUCUAAAAAAACUUGCAAAAUAUGUUUACUAGUUUUUAUUCAAAAUUCUUUAACUAAUUAUAAUAAAUAACAACAAAUUUUCAAAAAAAAAUGCAAAGAUCAUUAGCUUUUAGAAAACACCUAGAUACCUCGAUGUAAUAUUCAGCAAAUUAAAUUGAAGAAAAAUAAAACAAUUAAGAGAUUACUAGAAGACCCGCCCAGACUCCGUUGUAAAAAACAACGCAAAAGCAUCAAAACAAAUAUGUUUUCAAUGUUAAAGCAUAGCGGUGGCUUUUGCUCAGAAAACCUACAUUUUUAGGCCACAAGAAACAAUGGCAAGUAAUUGCUUUGUUUGUGGAUUUUCCCACGAUAAUAUUGUACGUACGAGCCUACCUUCAACUUCGGCUACCGAAGUUCACUUCCAGUGGAAUCCGUUUUUUAAAGUGUUGCGAAAUGAUUAAAAACCCACAACGAUAAUUGCUGCUAAUUUUUUGGAAGGCUUUUUAUUAGGGAAGUUUGUAGAUGAAAUUGAUGUAACAGAACUAUGCGUAUGGAAGUUUACUAAAACUCGGGUGCUAGUGUUGCUCCAAUAUCUACUCCGUUAGAAGACAUUAAGCCAAUGAUUUCCAAUCAAUUUUUGAUAAAAAACUGGUAUUUCAUUUUCGAACCUAAAAAUUAGAGUAUCUGAAUGGCUAUUAUGUAAGUCUUAUAAUACUGACAUAAUCUCUGAUAUAACUUGCUCGAAAGUCGCUUUACACACAAUCCAAUGGUUUCCCGUUAGUUGGUAUCAUUAACGUCAAUCCCGAAUAUAAUGUGCAAAAAUAUGUUUAAUGACUAUCUAUUUCUAAUCAAAUGCUUAUCAUUUUCGAAGAAAAAUACUGGUGAAGCCUAUCUCUAGACUGGCAGUGACUGCACGUGGAUCGCAGACGAUCUCAUAUUCCUGAAACUAUUGAGAAUUGCUAUUUAACAGAGCCGCUAGUACAAAAAUAACUCAGUAGUUGGAAUUAAAAAAAUUUGCAAUAUGUAGCGAUCAUCUGCGACCACAGUUGUUAAAGGUGUCACCAGAUUUUCGUUCUAGAAAAUUAUAUGUAAAAACAUUCUUUCGGCAUUGCUGUAUAGGUUAGGUUAUUUAGCGCAAAAUGAUGAAAGAUGUUAAGCCAUGUGUUUUGUGUUAGAAACUCUUGUCAUUUAUCUGUUGUCUAUUGAAGUCACAUCUCUUUAAAAAUAAGUAUGUAGAACUCAAAAAAUGCUUCCACCGCUAUUUCUUUUUAAAGUACAAAGAUAAUACGUUUACUUGUUUCUCUUAUAUAUCCUUUGACUAAUUAAGUAACAGCGAGAUUUGCAGAUUCUUGACUUUUAUGAAACACCUACCUUGAAGUAACAAUCAUCACACAAAAGAAUACAAAAAGAUACGCACAGAAUUUUGUUUUAGAAAACAACGUAGAAGUUUCAAAGCAAUUAUGUUUUCAAUGUUACAGCAUGGCAUAGGUUUUCUUCGUUUGUAGGCCACAUUAAUGGCAGGUAGUUUCUUUGAUUGAAAAUUUUCCCAAGAAAAAUCAUAGAUGAGGGCAAGGAGGAAUCAUCUAGUCACUAUCUCCUCCAUUUCCCAACUAUUUUGAUUUGAAAUUAAUCGCCUUAAUAUAUGUGUGGUAAGCACCACUACGCUUCCUCGAUCUAUGAGGAUAUGUUGAUCCACUUUCAGAGAUUUAUGGGUAACGUAAAAAAAAAAAAGAAUGAAAAUCUGAACGCCGUGUUUCUUUCCUUUAGGGAGACUUUAUGAUUUUCUGAAUUUGAAAAUAAUCGCAGUUCAAUGGUCAGAUGGUUGUUGCGUUCCAUGCACUUGACAUAUACAAGUAUUUUAGGUUGGAUUGAAGUGGAGGAUUGAAUCAAAAAAAUUAGGAAGACAUAUUUUAAGGAUCCAUUUUAUAAGAUUUAUGUGCGACAAAGACAACAACAUAUCAACGCAAGCAUAUAUAAAAAGUUGAUUGCAAAAUUAUAUCUCCUCUCACUCAUAAACAAGAAGAAAGCUAACGCAGGUAGGCAUGUCCUUAUGAGAUAAUUCAAGGUAGAGUAGUGCACAAUGUCUAACGCAUAUAAAAGAGGAUAAGAGCUGCGAAACGUUGUAGAACCACAGAGUGAUUCAACAUAUCAAGACGUAAUAAAAAAAUUAAAUUAACUGUUUCUUAGACCAAUAUAUGAGAAUCAUGGCAGACUGUCCAACAACAUUUAUACCCGGUGACUAUGUUAUGCCUCAAAACUAUAACAAAGACGAUUCGAAGGUUUAUGUUAGAGUAAAGAUGACCGAUUCAGCUUACCGUGCCAUCGAGGAGUAUUGUCAUUAUUCAAAUACAAAUCAUUUUACAAACGGGCAAAAUCCCAAAGUGCAAAUAGACGGUAAUUCCGGUAUAAUACGCAUACCCACAUUGGCCAAUGAAAUGGGCGUCAAUUUCGGGUUCUCAUUGGAUGCCGUUGAAGGAUCGAUGGAGGCCGUGCAACAGACUGCCGAAGGUCUCAACAUUCUCGGUUCCAUAACUCACAGGAUGCGUUUACACGCUAAUGAAGAUGUUUUUGCUGAAACACGAACUAAAAUGGCUAUGUCGGAAGAGUCGGAGCGCAGCAAAUGCACAAAAGUAAUUCACUCAAACAAAAGUGAGAUCGGCCGCAAAGUGAAGCAACCAGUAGCGACUUUAUCGGGUCAGCAUGUGACGCACAAGCAUGUUUACAAAAAAGCGUGCCCCGAAUUGCCAGCAUUCGGUGCAACAGAGAGGAGUAACAGUACGCGCGACGUUAAAAGUCGCAAAACUGAUCUUUUACGUUCGCUAAGCAAACCAACGAAUGUAGAUACAAGAUUUGAUUACAAAAUACAUGACAGCGCUUCGUUGAAAAGUAAUGGUAAAUCCUCGCAUGAGCGCGAAAGCACGAGUAAUACAUUACCAUCACUGCCACUUCUAAAGACUACCGCAAAUCUAUCUUCCACCCUAACGAAUGAAAAUGUUAUACUUGCUGUGGUUAAGAAAACGGACAAAGAGAUGAAAUCGGUGACAUCCCAUCACUCUACUGGUGCCAAUGCUAAAUCAAAAGCUUCGGGCACUAAAGGCGGUAAAGGAUCCACAACUAAGUGUAACAAGCAACUCGAUAUAACUCGUUGUAAAAUAAAGGAACGUGUCAUACAAAUGUUGGCUGUUAAGCCGUAUAAAAAGCUCGAGCUUUAUACUCGUCUACAAAACAAAGGCUUACGCGAUGGUGAGCGCCAAGUUAUUAGUACCGUAUUGCGUGAGAUAGCGCUGCUACGCGACAAUGCUUACAAUUUGCGACGUCACAUAUGGAAUAUGGUGAAGGAAGACUGGCCUUUCUACAGCGAGAAAGAGCUCCAGCGGAUGAAGGAAAAUAAGCCUAAAGAUUUGACGCCACCAAUAAGUUCGGAUACAGCGAGCCAACAUUCUUUAAACUCGCCCAGUCCACCACAAGUGGCCUUAGAUAGUGACUUAAAUUGUUCUAACAAUUUGAAGCGCCCUGAUGAAGUCUAUCACAAUCCAGUUCCAUCCAAAAAACAGCGUAUAAGUCAUUUAACGACAAAAGAGCGUGUGGGAAAUCACAUGAGAGCAACCGGCGAACAGACUUUAGUAUAUAACAGGAAUGCAGUGGCUGUAGAUGGUAAUAAAGUGAUCAACGGUACACAAAUCACCGCGAAUUCCAUUAAAAAUGAAAGCAAGAGAGCUAAAACCAGCAACUCUCGUUCCGAUCAACAGCCUGCCGAGAGUAAAUCGAAGAAAUCUUCAGCUCCUGUUCCCGAUAAGCAGCCAACCGAGAUUGUGAACGUCGAUACGAAGAGCAGUUCAAAUAAGCCAAAGAGGAAAUCCCGUAAAUCUAAGAUAUCUUCAGCUCCUGAUUCGGAUGUACAGUCGGCCGAGAUUAUGAGCGUCGAUACGAAGAACAGCUCAAAUAAGCUAAAGAGUAAAUCCCGCAAAUCUAAGAAAUAUUCAGCUCCUGAUUCCGAUAAGCAGCCAAACGAGAUUGUGAACGUCGAUACGAGAAACGGCUCAAAUAAGCCAAAGAGUAGUAGCAGGAGCGAAACAGUGAGUACUGAUGCAGAACGCAAAAAGAAAUCUGCAGCUCCCGUUUCCGAUCAGCAGCCAGCCGAGAAAACGAGUAGUGAUACGACAAUCAACAGAAAAAACAACACCUAUAAGUUCAAGAAAUCUUCAGAUUCUGUUUCCGAUAAACAGCCAGAAGAGGGAGUAAGCGCCGAUAAGAGCAGCAGUAAAAACAAAGCAAGUAAUUCAAAGGGUAGCAGAGACAAUAAAACAGUUGAUAUUGAAGCCGAAAAACAACAAAAAAGUAGUCGGUCAGAGUUUAGUACAAAUAAGGAAACAACGCGAAAAAGCAAAUGUAAUAACAAUGCUGACAUACCAUGCAGCUCCGCCACAAGCAAAAUCAUUGAAUCACAUAAGCAUAGAGAACAACAAAGUUCUCAGCACGUUGAGCCACAAAAGCGGGUCCAGCAGCAAUACACAUCUCUGGAAUCCAUCGCACACCAGUUCGCUACAAGUAAUGCACUAAGGGCUCAUGGGCAUGCAGAACAACAAAGUUUUCAACACAUGGAGCCACAACCGCGAAUCCAGCAGCAAUUUAAACCUCAAAAACCAGUAGCACAGCAUUCCAUUAUCACCGAGACAGACAAUUCUGAGCCACUAAGCCACUUCGACUUCAGCUCGUAUACACCAAUCACAUGUGUUGAACAGCGUCGCUUGUACAAAGCCGAAUUCGAAAGUGACUACGAGGAAUACAGCCAGCUGUUCCAGAGCGUGAAAUAUGUGCGACGGAACUUUCACAUAUUAAUAAAUCAGUUAAAGGAACUGCCACCGGACUGUCCCACCUAUCAACAUAUUCAACAACAGAUUGUAUUGGAAUACGAGCGGCUAGAUAAUGUGGAGGAACGACAACGAAAGCAAAGGUUUGAUUACCUGCAGGCCAAAUUAGCGCACAUCACACAGCUUGUAAACGAUUACGAUGCUAUGUUGAAGGCUGAAGCGGUUGCUAUAGAGGCGGCUGUGCGACAACACCGACUGUUUCAACAGCAGCAACAAAUGUUGCCAAUACGACCGAUUGAUGAGCCGGAAGGUGGCGCACUCGUACGCUGUGAAUGGCAGCACCCAUAUGCUGACCACAGCUGCACAGCCAAACAACGGACACGUCUCACCAAUGGCGACCGACAGUGAAGAAGAUGAUGAAGUUGCUCUGCCAGCACAAGUAUCGGCACACAGCAUACAAAAACACAAAACGAAGCUAUCAACAAGUGCAACAGCAAAAUAGCGUCGCAAUAUGAAAUAAAACUCACCUCAAAACAAAUACAGCAGCAAGGAAAUUGUCAUAAAAAUUACCAGGAAAGUAAAUCCAGCGAUGAAAGUUGUAGUGACUUAGAAGACUCUGUCUGUGUAAAGUAAGCGACAAGAGUUAGUUGGUUAAUACUACAGAUUUUGGGUUAGCCAUGAACAACCCGACUGCAAUUGAAAUUUAAGAUUUAACAUUCCAUAGUUUUUAAGAUACUAACUAGCGAACUAAAUAAAUAAAUUAAUAUGCUCUCUUUAA